AUGAUCCCUCCUUUUGUGGAGUUUGAGAAAGGUAUGGCAAGUUUGGACAAAUUUCAUCCAAGUUUGGACAAGUUUGGUCAGAUACCUGGAAAUUUAGCGAAAUUUGAGCAGUUGCAUUACUUGAAUUUGAGCUUCAACAAUUUGAGCCAGAGAAUCCCUCAUCAGCUCGGUAAGUUAAUCCAUCUAUCCGAGUUGGAUAUGAGUAAUAAUCUACUCACUGGAGAAAUACCAUCUGAAUUAAAAUUUUUGGAAAGCUUGGAAAUGUUAAACCUCUCACACAAUCACCUCUUCGGACUCAUUCCUAAGAGUUUGGAAGAAAUGCCUAGCUUGGUGGACAUUGAUAUAUCUUGUAAUCAGUUGGAGGGUCCAGUUCCUAAUGCCAGAGCCUUUCGAAAUGUCUCCAUAGAACAACUACAAGGGAACAAAGGAUUGUAUGGCAAUAUUGCAGGAUUACGAACUUGUAUAAGCAAGAAGACAGGGAAUGAACACAAACUUGUUUUAAUAAUUGCAAUCCCACUUCUUUGUGUAUCUUCACUUCUAUUUGCACUUAUCGGGAUCCUCAUCCUGUAUAAACAAAGAAAGAUGAAUCCAAAGAAAUCAGAUGAUGAUUUGCUCACCAUAUUCAAUGGAGACCUAACGUAUAAAGACAUCUUAGAGGCCACAAAUGAAUUUGAUGUAGCAUUUUGUAUUGGGGAAGGAGGAUGUGGAAAGGUAUACAAGGCACAACUUUCAUCAAAAAAGACAAUAGAAGGGAAAAGACUCAUUUCCUCAUCCAAAACGGUUACUGUAGCAGUCAAAAGACUUCAUUCGUCAUCCGAAAUGGUAAAUUUUGAAGCUUUCCUGAAUGAAAUAAGAGCGUUGAUGGAAAUCAGGCACCGAAACAUUGUGAAACUUUACGGUUUCUGCUCCAAUGUUCAAAACUCACUUUUGGUCUAUGAAUACCUUGAUAGAGGUAGUGUGGCCAAAACUCUAAGCGUAGAUGAAGAAGCUAGGAAAUUGGAUUGGCCUAAAAGGAUUAAUAUCGUGAAGGGCGUGGCUUAUGCUUUGUCUUACAUGCAUCAUAGUUGUUUGCCUCCAAUUGUUCAUCGAGACAUAUCCAGCAACAACAUUUUGCUUGAUUCAGAGUAUGAGGCUCAUGUUUCAGAUUUUGGCACUGCUAAGUUUUUGAAAUGUGAUUCAUCGAAUUUGAGCUCUCCUGCAGGCACAUAUGGUUAUUUCGCUCUAGGUAAUAUUUCUUUUUCCUAAAUUUCAUUCACAUAAUAUAUAUACAUGAUAUUGAUUGUAUUCUUUCCCUGUUUUUUGGGCAGAACUUGCAUACACAAUGAAGGUUACUGAAAAGUGUGAUGUGUAUAGUUUUGGGGUGUUAGCAUUGGAAGUGAUCAAAGGAAAGCAUCCUGGUGAAUACAUUCAAUACAUAACAACUCCAUCAAAUGGAGAUUUACGGAUGGAAGAUCUAUUGGAUCCACGCAUUCUUUAUCCCACUCAAGAAGAAGAGGUGAUUUUGAUGUCCGUUGUUAAACUUGCAAUUGAAUGCCUACACUCCAAUCCACAACAUCGGCCAACUAUGCACAUUGUUUCUAAUAUGCUAGUGCACCAACCACCUUCUCAUGAGUGAUGUCUAGGUAAGUAAAGAAAUAUAUUGUUUUUAUGUACAUUGUACAUUUCAUGCAUUACUGCUAGUCUGGUUUUUCUAGGCAAAGAAGUUUUUUUCUUGUUUUAAUUUAGGUUUGCUAUGCAUUGUUGUUUCGCAUGAUUGUCUUGCAAGUUCAUAUGAAUUGUUACAUUUAUUCUUGAAACUCAAGUAUAUCUAUUGCUCUUUGUAAUUUGACAUUGUAGCUCCUGAUAAAAGUAAAUAAUAACACAAUAAUGUAAAAGAGUUGGAAAAAUACAAUAGUUUAUAUUAUUUUCUCUAUAUUAUAACUAACAAAAAUCAAAUUAAAAUAGUAACUAAAUAAAUAUAUUGAAUUUAUGAAGCUUUCUCAAAACUUUUGUUUUAAUAUGAAUAUCCUAAUAGUGAGUGGCAUCGAUAUAGUGGAUUGGGAAAUCAAGGUUGGGACCCAUUCCUCAUCAACUUAUCUUUAUUUUUAUGUCCUUAAACUUAUAUUGUAAUUAAAAAUCCGUACCUCGCCUUGACUCUUGUUUUUUUACAUUUUUUUAGUUUCUAAAUUUAACUUAUAUUUGAAAACACAUCCUUGUGUCAACUCUUAUUUUUAAUUGUUUUCUAUUUUUAAUUUAAAUCACAAUAAAAUUAACAAAAUAGGAAGAAAAUAAUAAAUUAGUGAAAUGAGAAAAUUGGAGCGGAAAAUGAAGAUAUUACAAUCCGUAUUGCAUCUUUCCAAAUUCCCUAGCGAAGCAUGCCACCCGACACUGAGCCAUUCCUAGCAAUGCACUCUUACAACAAGCUGCUUGAUAAGAACAAGUACCAUAAAAUUAGGUUUUGGACAAGUUCAGAUCCUAAACUAAGGUUUCAGUUUUUCCAUUUUCUUCUUUUUGUGCUUUCAUUAUCUUUACCCCACACUCACACCUGGAUUUUUUGAAAAUUUUGUUAUAUGUUUGG